ACACCCAACAAAAAACUGGGAAACUGAAGGUUUACCAACGAAACUAGGACAGGCAACAACAAAUUUGGAAAUUGAAAGUUUACCAACGAAAAUAGGACAGCCAACAGCAAACUUGGAAAUUGAAGAGAAGAUGGCAGCUACCUUUAAGUUGAUCACUAAAACAGUUUGUGAACAUAGAAUACGUGUAAUGCAUGGCGGAACAGUUCUUUUUCAAGGCGUCACAAUACGACCAAAGCUUGGCCGCGCUAGAGUUCUUGAAGUCAAAUUGGAUUACCCAAAUGAAGAGGAUGAAUUCUUUCAGUUGCAGAAAGGUUUUUUCACAAUGUACUGCGACGGUGAUAUAAACAAAGCUCAUGAGAAAUUAAAUGAAGUCAGAGAAUAUCGCGCGUUAGCCGGUUGGAUCGCUUCUCUUGAAUUUGCAAAUCCUGUGCUAACUCCACUUUUCCCAUUGAAUCAGUCAUUUCAGGCCGGCCAGUACUUGGCAAUUCAAAGGGCUGAGUAUGCCAAUGUUUACUGGACGAUUAUUGAUCUGCUGGAUAUCUUUAUCACGGCUCAACACAUUGGAAUACAACCAGAGAAACUUAACAUCAUUCAUAUCGAUGCUCAUCCUUCGACUUCAUUGGACCCCUUCUGGACUACCUUAUUCCAAAGGCUUAUCAAGCUAGGCGUCGAUCACAUUUUUACAGAAUCAGACAGCGUUGUAUUUGAAAACCUGGUUUGGAGAUAUCCGCGAGUUAACUGCCCCUUAUUGGAUAAGAAUCUUCAGUCCUUUGAGCCCAUACAACCUUUCAGGGAGUUUGUGCUUAAGAGGUUUGGCAUUGCUUCGAGAUCGUCCAAGCGAAACUGCAGUCAGCGGCUAAACGUUUUGGUCAUCCUCAGAAGAGAUUACCAAACCCACCCUAGGAAUUUAGAUGGUACGGUUGACAGAAAAAUUUCAAAUGAGAAAGAUGUUAUAAGUGAAAUGGAGGAAAACUUGGCUUCACAGCUGAAAAUAACCGCCGCCCAGUUAGACACAUUUCCAUUAAAACGUCAGCUAGAACUCGUUGCCUCAGCCGACAUUUUCUUCGGAAUGCAUGGUGCAGCUCAUGGAUAUUCCAUUUUCAUGGCUCCAGGAGGGGCAGUAGUUGAAAUAUUCAAUUUUAAUUCGAACGACAAUUGGCACAUGGAGAAAGUAUCUACGCUUUCAGGACAUUCUCAUAUUACUUGGACAAGUACGGAUCAAAACUCAUAUGAUACAAAAACAAGAUCGACAACAAUUCCUGUGGGAAUACCCACGAAGCUUUUAAAAAGAGCAAUUUUCAAAAUUUGUGAAAAACUUUGAAGGUGGUGUACAAUUAUGUCGA